AUGGCGACUUUCUGGAAGAUUCCUGAAGACUUAUUUUUGAAGCUCUAUAGCUGUUUCUUCCAGCAGUUUCCAGAUCCCCUGCUGCAGCUACAAAUGCAGGUCGGAGAGCUAGAGACUUCAAUUGUGAAUCACUUGCGAAAUAAUUUUGUCAAUCAAAAAUAUGAAAUCCGCUUAUCUGAUGAAUUCGUAUUGCGUGGAAAUAUAGCGCUGCUCCGAUGUCCAGUUCCAAGCUUCGUCAGUGAUUACGUCAAAGUGACAUCAUGGGAAAGAAUAGAUGGCUUCCUAAUUACUCCAGGCAUUAUAAGCGGAAAGUAUGGAAUUUUGCAAAAUGGUGAUUUAUAUAUAAGGGAUACGAUAGAACAUGAUAGCUCAUACAGUUUCCGUUGUCACACCGAAAAUACUGUAACUAGAGAAAAGAAAGUCAGCAUGAAUUAUUCAAAAAUCAUUGUUACAGAGCCACAUCAUAAUCAGCCUCCAAGAAUCAUGCGAAGGUCGAGCCGCGUUUCAGUUCCUGUUGGUCAGAAAGCCACCUUGUCCUGCAUAGCACAAGGUCAUCCAGUGCCAACGUAUCGAUGGCAUAAAGUAGCUGGGGAACUAAGGUCUCUUCCCGAAUUAGGAUCCACAGUUCGUCAAGAAGGUGGAGUAUUGGUCUUCCAUAAGAUUGUCCCUGCUGAUGGUGGUACUUAUAUCUGUGAAGUAAGCAACAGCGUCGGUCAAGAUAAAAUGGAAGCAGAAUUAAUUGUAGAAG